AUAUUUAAAAAAUUACUCUAAAACAUAUUACAAUUUAUUUGAUAACAAAUUAAUUCACUGCGUAUAUAAAAAAGCAUACCUAUAUCUUUACAAUAAUCACAAACAGUAACGACGAGAUAUCAUCCAGGUUUCUAGACAGCAGCUUCUUGUGUUUUCGUACACAUUAUUCUGUUACGAAAAGGUUUCAAGACAAGUUCGAUAAAUUUGCAAAGUACUGUGACGGAAUAUUUUCCAUCUCUCGUCUUGCAAUUAGUAGAGACAUAAACGCUUUUUAUGACUUAUUCGAACACUGGUAAAAAAAACUUUUCUAACGAGACGCGUGACUGUGAUCAACUGGGGAUAGCAUUUUCAAUAUUUAAUGCUGUUUCGAAGAAGUAACCAGGGUAUUGUACUUUCACCGCGAGCAUGCGUGAUAAUCAGCUCUCGUUGGAGAAUGAGAAAUAAAGCGGAAUUUCUCACAUUAGUUUUCGCCAUGGACAUUUCUAAACGUACACGUUAUAGAGAUUUUGUAUGGGCAAUUGAAUUAAAUCGGUUCGGUCUACAACUGGUCGGUUUGUGGCCUAAGAUGGAUGAAAUCGUUAAGAAUGACUACAUGUCCGAUCUUCGCGUGGUCAUUAUUUUCGUUCUAGCAGCCUUCGGCUGCGGAAUCCCACUCAUAUGUUCUCUUUUACGCGUACGACACGACAUGAUACUUAUGAUAGAUAACUUACAAAUUACGUUACCUCUAGUGGUAGUUGUGUGGAAACUUGUCGUGAUGCGGUGGAAACGGUCAGCUCUCUUACUCAUCGUAAAGAUGAUGGCGGAAGAUUGGAUGGCGUUGAAGCAACACGCAGAGAGGGACGUGAUGAUAAAGCGAGCGCGAACUGCACGACUGAUCGUGAUUUGUGGAUAUGUUUUGAUGAUUCUAUCAUUCACCAUGAUCAUUGUUUUUCCUUGUUUUGGCAAGCCAAUUAGACGUUUAACCAAUCUCACAGAUCGGAACAAGCCGUUACCGCUGCAGACAUAUUACUUCUACGAUACAGAUAAGAGUCCGCUAUUUGAACUCACGCUUGUCAUUCAGGCUAUGACAAUUUUCUUAGGAGCUGUAGCUUAUACGUCAGUAGAUGCUUUCCUUGGACAUGCGGUCCUUCACAUUUGCGGCCAAUUAGAGAACUUCAGAUGUCGAUUAAUCAACCUGGUUUCGUGCAAAGAUUUUAAUAGUGCUUUACGAAAUUAUGUGAUCGAGCAUCUGCGACUCAUCAGAUUUGCCAAUAAAUUGGAAGAUACUUUCACGUUGUUAAUGUUGGGAUUAGUAUUUUAUUUUGGUACUGUAUUUUGCCUAUACGGAUUUCUAUUACUUACUGCAAUUUCCGACAGUAAAACGAAUAACGUUCCUCUUUCGGGAAUGUUGUACGUAAUGAUUGGUAUGAAUACUCUUUUAGUACAUACUUUUCUUUACUGUGGAGCCGGAGAGCUAAUAACGGAACAGUGUGAAGCGGUAUACCGUGCCAUAUAUGAUCUUGAGUGGUAUAACCUGAAAUCAAGGAAAGCGAAAAGUCUUAUUUUAUUGAUGAUACAAGCCAGUGAACCUUUUCAUAUCACCGCAGGAAAAAUUAUUCCUCUAACGAUGAUUACAUUUUGUAGCCUAUUAAAAACAUCGGCUGGCUAUAUAUCGUUUCUACUAGCAAUACGAGAUUAAAGUAUGAAAAUUACUAGUAAAACGUUUAUUUAUUUCAAUGUUUGUUAU